AUGUGGACUCGCAGAGCUAGAAGCACCGAGAACAAGAAGACACCUGUGUUUCUUUUUCCUCGUACUGCACAUGAGCAAGUGUAUGCGAAGGCCAAGAUGGAAGCAAGCCGGAUGCAACCACCGCUCAUACGGCCAGCACUCCAGCCUAGCAAAAGCGGGAACUUGGGAACCUUGUGGCGUCGAUCCGGAGCACAAAGUUUCAAUGCUACCGCGCUCACCCAGUCAAAGGUUCGCUCGCGGUCCUCCCGUCAGGAAGUCGCUCAGAGCUACCGCUGGUGCCAGCAUGGUCAAGCGGAUAGCGAAAUUCAUCGUCCGCAGGGCCCGCUCUCCCCCGCCUGCUGCACAAUGGUUUCCUUAGCGUGCAGCUGCGCCUGCGUAUUCUAUUUUUCGGACUAUACGACUUCAACAACCUUUAAGCAAGCGUACGUUUGCGUUCUGUUGGCACUGGUGCCCGUGAGUCGCAUUCCGCGGUUUCCACCUCCUCUGACUACGGUACUCGUACAGUACAGGUCUGAUCUGGCUCCGGUCGAGCCCGCCGGCCAUGCCUGCCCCGAACGGAUGGAGUCGGCGCUGGUUGCGACUUGCGAAGCCCGGUGUUCUCGCCGAGGCCCGCAGUCCGGCGACUCCAGCCCCGCGCGGGGCCUCCCUGUCCGACAGCAUUCGCCAGGCACGUGUUUCCUCGACCGCUGCCAGCGGGUGGACUGGCGUGGCGGCCAUGGGCGCGACCGGUUAGGAGUGGGAGACAUGCCCCGGCGGACCGGCUGGUGUGGGUUAGAAGAGGCCGGCCGAACGAGGGAGACGGUCCUUGGCACGCCUGCAGAGCGGAACCUGCAGCGUUCUUAA